AUGUUAUUGGAACAUCAAGAACAAGACAUUGAUAUAUUGGUGAUAGAUUUGACAUCUCAAGAUUUGGAUCCAGAUAUAGAAAGCCAAUUGAAUGCAUAUUUAGAUUUCAACAAUUCACAUAUUAUAACUGAGGAAAAACUUGAAGAUUCUGAAAUUAUCGAAAUAGUUUUGAAUGAAGAAAAUCAAUGUGAAAAUGGAGAUCCUAAUGACUCAGAUGAAGAAGAAAUAGAAAUUUCUGUGUCAGAUAGAUUUAUGGGAUUAAAAAAGUUUAUUGGCUUUUUUGAACAUCAAACUGAUGCAGAUUUCAAAGCGGAGGAUCUUAAAAUUAUUCGAAAAUACUUAACCUUAGUAAACUGA